CCCUACGUCCUUGAACCUAUCGCCACCAAAGCCCAAAGAAGCCACAAUAGAAGUUACAAUAGUCAGUAGUACGCAGUGCUUUCAGGGGAGGAGAUGUGGGUGUCAACGCUCCUCCUUGCCAGCGUCUUCUGCCAUUCUGAAGCGCAGUAUGGCCUCCCGGGAUCUCCAGACAUAAGGACCCCGGCAGCAGCAUUACCACCACUACCACCACCAGCAUUACCACCACCAUAUGAGCCACCUGUGUGUCCUACUGUGGGCACGCGCACCUUCUACGACGAGAGGCUUUGUGAGGCUUACUACCUGUGCACUGACGGCAAGAGAAUCCACCUGCUGUGUCCUGAGGGAGAAGUGUACAAAGCUGACGCACUCACUCGUACCACACCGCACGCAUUCUGUGUCAACGCUGCCAUCGGGACAUGCAUACUGCCAUAUCCAUAUGAUGUGCCCUAUGAACCACCUGAGUGCCCCGCCCAGGGCAUCCACCACUUCCCCGAUGAGAGGAUCUGUGAUGGAUUCUACCAGUGUAUUGAUGGUGAGAGGAAACACAAACUGUGUCCAACUGGGGAGUUGUUCAGCCCCGCUGAUCCCUCCACGCCCUGUGCUGACGCUGCCGACGUAGUCUGCCCUCCAUUACUACUACCACCACUCGUGCCGAGGGAUGUGCCAGAGUGCGGAGGCCUGAGCUGGAAACAUCUUCCUGAUCCUGACGACUGCGCCGCCUUCUUCGAGUGUCGAGGAGGCAAGGCUUCUUGGCGAAGCUGUCCUAAGGAUCUGCUGUACAACGCCCACAGCCCCGCCACGCGCUAUCCCUGCGACUACCCUUUCAACGUGCAGUGUGUUGCCCCCCAUGCCCCGCCAGUGCCGCCGCCAUGGGGACACAUUGGUCCGGUGCCACCGCCAAGAGGACCCCCUGUUCCGGUGUCGCCCACAGAUGACCGUCAGUCGGACAAUUCCACGAAAGUGUUCAACUUCUACACAUACGUGACACACAACUGGUAGCCUCUGACAUCGCCGUUCUCCAGGAGGGUCUUAGUUGUAUGUUGUGGUUGGAGAGGCGUGUUCUGUACUCCUUGUUGUAUGGCGUGCCAUCCCUACUCAUUCGAUUGUUUGAAUCUGACGAGCCCAAUAUUGCUCACCUGUAGUUAAUUUUAGUCUUAUUUGAGGCUAGUGAAGAAUGAUCUGUCCUUAAUGUAGAUAACUGAGAUUAUUUUUACAACCAUCCAUCAUCUGAUGUUUGAUUUAAGCGUCGUCUGCUUGUCACUCCAUGGUGUGGCGCAGACCGCUUCUGUACUCUUGUAACAAAUACAACACACAUGCAAGA